AUGUCAGAACAAGAUAUUAAAUUCGAAGUUUGUGUUGACUCAUUAAGUAGUUGUAUUGAAGCAAUUAAUGGAGGUGCAAGUAGACUUGAAUUAUGUAGUUCAUUAUUUUCAGGUGGGUUAACACCAAGUUAUGGAUUAAUGAAAACAUUGAAAGAGUAUAUUGAAAAUCAUGAGAUCUCAAUUGACAUAUUUGUAAUGAUUAGACCACGUAGUGGUGAUUUCCUAUACAAUCAAGAUGAAAUCACAAUAAUGAAACAUGAUAUAGAAUUAGUUAAACAAAUUUCAAAUCAAUGUUCAUCAUUCAGUGGUAUUGUAAUUGGUUUACUUAAUUCUGACGGUACUAUUGAUAAAUGUAAUACUGAAAAAUUAGUAGAAUUAGCAUCACCAUUAUCAGUUACAUUUCAUCGUGCUUUCGAUAUGACUAGAGAUUAUAUUGAAUCAUUUAAUACUUUAAAUAGUAUAAAUUGUUCAACAAGUAAUAAUAAUAAUAAUAAUAACAGUGGUGGUGGUUGUGGUAAAAUAAGUAGAAUAUUAACAUCAGGUAUGGAAUCAUCAGUAUUAGAAGGUAUUGAUACAAUUAAAGAAUUAAUAAAAUUAUCAAAUGGAACUGAUAUAACGAUAUUACCAGGUGGUGGUAUUACUCAAAAGAAUAUAAAUAAAAUUAUAAAAAAGACAAAACUAAAAGAAUAUCAUAUUUCUGCUCGUACCGUAUCAGAUUCAAAAAUGCAAUUUAGAAACACAUCUGUAUUCAUGGGUGGUUCACUAAGAGAAUCAGAGUAUACUUAUGCUAUUGUUGAUAAAAAUAAAAUUCAAGGUUUUAUAAACAAAUCAAAUACAAAUUAA